AUGGCCACCGCGGCUUCCAAUCCCUAUCUGUCCAGCAAUAGUAUCCUCUCGUCCGGCUCGAUCGUGCAUUCUGACUCUGGAGGCGGUGGUAUGCAGCCGGGCAGUGCUGCGGUUACCUCGGUGUCUGGUGGAUACAGAGGAGACCCCACAGUUAAGAUGGUACAGAGUGACUUCAUGCAGGGAGCUAUGGCAGCGAGCAACGGAGGACAUAUGUUGAGCCAUGCCCAUCAGUGGGUGACAUCCCUGCCGCACGCCGCCGCUGCGGCAGCUGCAGCCGCUGUAGCAGCAGCCGAAGCCGGAUCGCAUUGGUCGUCGAGUCCCGUCGGUAUGACAGGCAGCCCUCAGCAGCAGGACGUGAAAAACAACUCGGGCAGAGACGAUCUACACACGGGCACCGCGUUGCACCACAGGCCCCCACACUUAGGUCCCCAUCAGACUCACGCAGGGGCUUGGGGGAGCACAACUGCGGCUCACCUCAACUCGAUAUCCGGGGGACAGCAGCAGCAGCAGUCGCUGAUCUACUCCAACCCCGGGGGCUUCACGGUGAAUGGAAUGCUCAGUCAACCAGGGAGCCAGAGCCUGGUGCACCCGGGUCUGGUAAGGGGGGACACCCCAGAGCUGGACCACGGCAGCCACCACCACCACCAUCACCACCAGCAUCCGCAUCACCAGCAGCAACACCACGGAGGGGUGAACAGCCACGACCCGCACUCCGACGAGGACACACCGACCUCGGAUGACUUGGAGCAGUUCGCCAAGCAGUUCAAACAGCGCCGGAUCAAACUCGGCUUUACGCAGGCGGACGUGGGCUUGGCCCUGGGCACCCUGUACGGGAAUGUCUUCUCUCAGACCACCAUUUGUCGGUUCGAAGCUCUCCAGCUCAGCUUCAAAAACAUGUGCAAGCUGAAGCCACUGCUAAACAAAUGGCUGGAGGAGGCGGAUUCUACCACUGGCAGCCCGACCAGCAUCGACAAGAUAGCGGCGCAAGGAAGGAAGCGAAAGAAGCGCACGUCCAUCGAAGUAAGCGUGAAGGGAGCUUUGGAGAGCCACUUCCUAAAAUGCCCCAAACCCUCGGCCCAAGAGAUAACCUCACUAGCGGACAACUUGCAGCUGGAGAAAGAAGUGGUUAGAGUGUGGUUUUGCAAUAGGAGACAGAAGGAGAAAAGGAUGACGCCCCCAGGAGUGCCACAGACGCCGGAGGAUGUGUACUCGCAGGUCGGCAAUGUGAGUGCAGAUACACCGCCCCCCUCCAUGGACUGCAAACGAAUGUUCAGUGAGACAUAG